AUGAAUCAAAACUUUAGAAUCAAACACAACCUGUUCUCCAAGCUCCGCCCCCUUCUCCUGCCUCACCCAAGAACAACCAGGAAACAGCAGUCACCAUCACUGCAGAAGACAAGUGUCCACACACUGAAGGUGAGUUUGACAAAAACACCAGACUGUCCUGUUUGUAAGAGAAGGUCUUCAAAGGAUCAACCACCCUGUAACCUGGUUUUAAAGAACAUGUGCGAGACCUUCUUACAGGAGCGAGGUCCGAGGUCUUCAGAGGUUCUCUGCAGUCAGCACUCUGAGAAACUCAGACUCUUCUGUCUGGACCAUCAGCAGCCAGUGUGUCUCGUCUGCAGAGACUCAAAAAAACACAUCGGCCACAAGUUCAGACCCAUCGAUGAAGCUGCACAAGAACACAAGAAGCAACUUCAGGAAACUCUGGAGACCUUCAAGAAGAACUUAAAGAGUCUGGAAGAAGUUCAGGUGAAGUUUGAUCAAACAGCAGAACACAUUAAAGUCCAGGCCCGACGCACAGAGACACGGAUGAAGGAGCAGUUUAAGAAGCUUCAUCAGUUUCUACAAGAGGAAGAGGAGACCAGGAUGGCUGCACUGAGGGAGGAAGAGCAGCAGAAGAGUCUCAAGAUGAAAGAGAAGAUGGAGGCUCUUCACAGAGAGAUAGAAGCUCUAUCAGAUACAGUCAGAGCCACAGAGGACGAGCUGAGAGCUGAAGACAUCGUCUUCCUGCUCAACUACAGAGAGCAGCAGCGCCCCCUGCUGGAGCCUCCACAGCUGCACUCAGGAGCUCUGAUAGACGAGGCCAAACACCUGGGCAACCUGGCCUUCAACAUCUGGAACAAGAUGAAGGACGUGGUCUCCUACAGUCCUGUGGUUCUGGACCCAAACACCGCUCAUCCAAAACUCAUCGUGUCUGAAGAUCUGACCAGUGUGAGACGAGAAGACAGACAGAAGGUUCCUGAUAAUCCAGAGAGGUUUGAUUAUUACAACAGUGUCCUGGGCUCUGAGGGUUUGAACUCAGGAACUCAUAGCUGGGACGUCCAGGUUAGAGACAAUACAUGGUGGACAGUGGGAGUUUUAGAGUCUAUGUUUCCAUACAUUAAGAAUGCUGAUGAUGUUGAAGUGAAGAUGUUACCAGUGAAGGUUUGAAGGUUAAAGGGACAGUUCACAGAAGUGAAGCUGUUCAACUUCACGUCUCUUUCACUCUCUUCACUCGUUCUUCUCUCCUUUCAGAGUUUGUGUUUUUUCACGUGUAUAUAAAAUAUUAUAUUAGUGAAAUAUUAAGGUCUAAUUGUAGUUAAUCAAUACUUAUUCUGUACUCCUGU